CGCGCAGCGCGGUCCCGGUGCCCAGUCAGUCAGAGUGAGAGCGCAGAGCGGAGGACAUGGCGGAGGGUGAGAGAUCUCCGCCGCCGCCGCUCCCGCUACCCCCGGCCAAGCGGCUGUGCUCCCGGCCCCCUCCACCCGCACAGCAAUGUCCCCAGCAGCGGGGACCCUCCGCCCGCUCCCAGUACCAGCCGGAGACUCUGCUGGACUGCGCCGCCAAGGCAGUGGCAGAGAAAUGGGCCUUUGAACGGGUGGAAGAAAGGUUCGAGCGGAUCCCGGAGCCGGUACAGCGCCGCAUAGUCUACUGGUCCUUCCCCCGCAACGAGCGCGAGAUAUGCAUGUACUCGUCCUUUCAGUACCGGAACGAGGACCCCGUGGUCCCAGCCGGGGUCACCAUUGGGGGAGCGCUGGGGCCCGGCCAGAGCUCUGCCAUCACCGGCAUCGGGGGUCCCGGGGCCCCGGUAACUGGAGGAGGCGAGGGGCUGCCAUUCCGCCGAGGGAUACGGCUCCUUGAAAGCGGAUGUGUUGAGAACGUUCUGCAAGUCGGUUUCCACCUGAGCGGCACAGUGACAGAGCCAGCCACGCAGUCUGAAACAGAAGCCACCUACAAAGUAGCCAUCAGUUUUGACCGCUGCAAGAUCACCUCAGUGACCUGUGGUUGCGGCAACAGGGACAUUUUCUACUGCGCUCACGUAGUGGCGCUCUCACUCUACCGCAUCCGCAAGCCGGACCAGGUCAAACUGCGUCUUCCCAUCUCAGAGACCCUCUUCCAAAUGAACAGAGAUCAGCUGCAAAAGUUUGUCCAGUACCUGAUCACGGCCCACCACACAGAAGUGCUUCCCACCGCGCAGAAGCUGGCCGACGAAAUCUUGUCCUCCAAUUCUGAAAUCAACCAAGUGCAUGGUGCCCCUGACCCCACAGCCGGAGCGAGCAUCAACGAUGAGAACUGCUGGCAUUUGGACGAGGAACAGGUCAGGGAGCAAGUGAAGCUCUUCCUGUCUCAGGGAGGAUAUUACAGCUCUGGGAAGCAGCUGAACUCCAUGUUUGCCAAGGUGAGAGAGAUGCUGCGGAUGAGAGACUCUAAUGGCGCCCGAAUGCUGACCCUGAUCACAGAGCAGUUCAUGGCAGACCCAAGGCUGGCUCUCUGGAGACAACAGGGAACUGGCAUGACGGAUAAGUGCAGACAGCUCUGGGAUGAGCUUGGGGCGUUGUGGGUCUGUAUCGUGCUGAACCCUCACUGCAAACCAGAGGAAAAGGCCUGCUGGCUCCGGCAGCUGAGAAAGUGGAGCGACAUGGACGUGUGCCCGCUGGAGGAUGGAAAUUAUGGCAACGACCUCCCCAACAUCACCAACGCCCUUCCUCAAAGCAAUGGUCACGACUCCUUAGUACGUCCACGGAGAACGGUUUUCACCCGCGCUAUCGAAGGCUGCGAUUUACACUGGCAGGACAGCCACUUGCAGAGAAUAAUCAGCAGCGACUUCUACCUGUCUCCCUCCUGCCAGAGAGAUGGAGAGAGCUUGAUCUUCAACUCCCAGGGUCAGCCCCUGUGGCUAGAACAUGUUCCCACUGCAUGUGCAAGAGUGGAUGCUCUGCGAUCUCAUGGUUACCCCAAAGAAGCUUUACGCCUGGCAGUUGCCAUUAUAAGUACCCUCCGAUUACAGCAACAACGGCAGCUGGAAAUCUACAAGCAGCAGAAAAAAGAGUUAAUUCAAAGAAAUACAACCACAAUCACCAAUCUGGAAGGAUGGGUGGGGCACCCACUGGACCCAAUUGGCUGUUUAUUUACCACUCUGACAGAGGCGUGCCAGGUGGACGAGGAGAAUGCCAUGGAAGGGACAGAAUCCAGCGAGCCUCAGCACCCAAACUACCAACACGUGUGCGUGUUAAGUGGCUCCCUGGAAAGUGGGGAAUCCUACCUUUCCCUGGCGCUGGAGGUGGCACUGAUGGGCAUGGGGCAACAGCGGCUAAUGCCGGAAGGGUUGUACGCACAGGACAAAGUGUGUCGCAACGAGGAGCAGAUCAUUGCCCGCCUCCAGGAGCUGGAGUUAGAUGCAGUUCUUGUCCAGACCCUGCGCAAACAGUGCAUCUUGUUACUGGAAGGAGGUCCAUUCAGCGGUCUGGGCGAGAUCAUACACCGGGAGAGUGUACCCAUGCACACCUUCGCCAAAUACCUCUUCUCAGCACUGCUGCCGCAUGACGCAGACCUGGCCUAUAAACUGUCUCUCCGGGCUAUGAGGCUUCCGGUGUUGGAGAGUAGCAUCCCGUCCGGGGAUAUAUCCCACCCUCAUCACAUUGUGUCUGUGGUGCCCAGUCGGUAUCCUCGUUGGUUCACUCUGGGGCACUUGGAGUCACAGCAGUGUGAGCUGGCAUCUACCAUGCUGACCGCUGCCAAAGGUGACAUGCUGCGACUCCGCACCGUGCUGGAAGCCAUACAGCGGAACAUCCAUUCCUCAUCACUGAUAUUUAAGCUGGCGCAGGAUGCUUUUAAGAUCGCCACCCCAGCAGACAACAGCUCUGACACCACUCUUCUCAAUGUAGCCCUGGAGCUUGGACUGCAGGUCAUGCGAAUGACGCUGAGCACCCUGAACUGGCGGCGCAGGGAGAUGGUUCGGUGGCUGGUCACGUGCGCUACGGAAGUUGGUGUCCGUGCCCUUGUAAGCAUCCUGCAGAGCUGGUACACGCUCUUCACCCCUACAGAAGCCACCAGCAUCGUAGCUGCCGCAGCCACGUCUCACAGCACCGUAUUGCGACUCAACCUGGAUUACGCACAGCGGGAGGAGCUGGCCAGCUGUGCACGGACCUUGGCCUUGCAGUGCGCCAUGAAGGACCCCCAGAACUGCGCCCUGUCGGCUCUUACCUUAUGUGAAAAAGACCACACUGCUUUUGAGACGGCCUAUCAAAUAGCAGUGGAUGCUGCUUCAGGGGGCAUGACCUAUUCUCAGCUCUUCACAAUCGCCCGCUACAUGGAGCACCGAGGCUAUCCACUACGGGCUUUCAAACUCUGCUCGCUAGCAAUGAGCCACCUCAACCUGGCGUACAACCAGGACACGCACCAUGCCAUUAAUGAUGUCCUAUGGGCUUGCUCUCUCAGCCAUUCUCUUGGUAAAAAUGAAUUGGCAGCGUUAGUGCCUCUGGUGGUGAAAAGUGUGCACUGUGCUACUGUAUUGUCAGACAUCCUUAGACGAUGCACGCUCACGGCUCCAGGAUUGGCUGGAAUCCCUGGCAGGCGGAACUCCGGUAAACUGAUGUCAACAGACAAACCGCCUCUGCGCCAACUGCUAGACGCAGCCGUUGGCGCCUACAUUAACACCACCCAUUCACGCCUCACACACAUCAGCCCCCGGCACUACGGCGAGUUCAUAGAGUUCCUUAGCAAAGCCAGGGAGACCUUUCUACUCGGGCAGGACGGUUUACUGCAGUUUGCCCAAUUUAUAGACAAUUUGAAGCAGAUCUAUAAAGGCAAGAAAAAGCUGAUGAUGUUGGUGAGGGAGCGAUUUGGCUGACCUUCAGGCCAACUCCUGUUUCUAACACCAUGUCUGAGCGCGCUGCUGUCUGCUUCCUUGUAUAUCCAGGCCCUAAUACCUUAGGGCCAAAUCCUGGACUGUCAGCAGGAACCUUUCAUCACACCUGACAAACAUUUCAUUGUUUCUCACAGGAUGCACAGUGUCAAAAUAUACCACCUUCCUUUCAUGCAUUAAACCAGUUAGAGUGGAAAGGGAGGCGUGAAGUACCCCCAGUUUUCUCCUGUCUUAUUGUUAGGCGUGCACACGCAGCAUCUCCUAGCUGACCUUGUAUCACCUUGUCGGUAGGGUGAACAAGUUCUGUUUUGCAUUGUCUGGACGUGAGAAGUGCUAGAUCUCUCCACCAGGUGGUGCUGCAGUGCACAUAGAACAACAUUCUGCAGGGGGUCUCUGCCUGCAAAAUUCUUGUCAUUCCCAGGUGCUUUGAAGCAAUAAUGCGGCCAGAUCCGCAGGGAUCCAAAUGCUUCUGAUUCUGCAUCACUAGUCUAUUUCCCAGCCAGAGAAUGUGUAACACCGCUUACACAAAAGCAACACCGUACUGCUGUAAUGUCUCUCUCGUAGAUUAGAAAAUGUUCCCCAAAGCCUCUAUAUAUCUUUAUAUAAUUAGUGGAGAUGCUACUUUUUGCAUACGGGAAAUAAAACACCUUAGAAUGGCUGAUUUGCUGUCAAAUGACCACUUUUUGCAGUUGUAAUCAUUACUGGCAUUCCUAAGUCCUCCUAUUAAUGAGCCAACAUGAAGUUAGAUACUGCAGUGUGCAGUAGGCUUAAGCGAGUAAAAGACCCAGCGUGUUCUACCAGUCUGGGGCCAUACAGCAUAGACUGUAGCUUUCCCACAAUGCACUACAGGUUUACAAAACAUGAUCUGAAAAUUGCACAAACCCUCUUUAAAUGACCAAAUUCUGGAAUUAAGGAACAGAACCAAGCUAAAGAUAACAUUUGAUAUCUUGAUUAAAUUCCGUUCAGUUAGAUCACGGGUUCGAAUGUGCUUCAGGGACUGUAGGAGACACUAGUACACCUACCAAGAAUGUUUCUUUUAUUAAUGAGAUAAUACAGCAUAACUGUGUAUCCAGGCAUUUAGUCAUUUGUAUGCUGAAUAAAGUGAAAAGCAGCACAGCACUUGUGUUUAGAAGUUGCCAGUAUGAAUGCAGUGCAUUGUAAUGACCACUAGGGGCAGGCUUGCUCACUGGGCACUGAUAUUUCACUGUAACUUGGCCUAUUACACAUACAUUUUACUCAGUUAACGCUUCGAGCCAGUGACAUUUAAAUCCAGGUUUACUAUACACAACAAGACUUGUACUAUUGUUCCUCUCCCCCUCCCCUCAGGCUGGCUCUCACAGCAACUGUUACACCUCACAGCUCCAUAUAUACUAGUCUAGAACAUAGGUUUGAGAUCCAUUCCAGCUCAUUAAAUAGUCCAAAAAUAAACUUUUGGAAGCUGGCGCUACAAUGUAAGGGGUGCAGAUAUUUAUAUAUUGCUUGAACGUUUCCUUAUCUGCCCUUGAUGAGAAGUGUCUCCCGCCUCAUCGCUGAACAGACUGCAAUCCAAACUCAGGGAACACUUUACACAAAGCAUUUAUCUACCUGUAAAUAUGAUAAUAUAUGUGGAUUACGAAAUGUAAAGUACUAAUUAUUUAUGAUGGUUCUGUCCUUCUGCGCAGGGCGACGGUAUACUUGAAUGCUUUGGCUCGGGUGGUGCUUUAAGUGCUUUCUCAGGUGGGAGGAGGGAGCUGGUUUUUGGGAUCAUAUACAGUAGUGUGCAAUGAGGUUUGGCUAUAAUAGGGGGGCUCCCCGCCCCUAGUAAUAUGCGAACGUAUUGAGACUGUGCCAAGAAUCUGAGCUCAUUCAUAACCCCCCCCCCCCCUCCACCAUUCACAUGAACAGUUGGAACAAGCCGUUGCAAAGUGGAUAUUGCAAUAAAGUUCUGUGAAACUGUCCCUGACAAUAUUUUGCAAACCCUAUAACCCCAAACGUUAUGGUUCCACUAAAGUUUCAGAUUUAGGAGAAAUAGGUCUUUAGAGUGACUGUUUGUGCUGGUGGGUUCCACGUUAUAGCCAGCGCUGCGAAUUGAGAAAGACUGUGAGGUUUAGCAAUAAACGCGGUGUAGCAGGGGGGAUGAGCCCAAAAUGAACAACGUCCUGUGAACUCUCCCUCGCACCAAUUUCUGUCCCCUCCUUUAUUUAUUUUCACCCUCGUCAUUAGCCUAAUGCUACCUGUCAAUCACUUUCCCCCUCUACAUAUAUAGAGCUAUAUAUAUAUAUUUUUUGGGUUUGUGUCGGGUUUUGAACCGGCAAGACCUUGCGCGGGGCGAUAGUGGAUUGUCGCUGACUGCUAACACGCGUCUGUCUUUUUGUAUCGCUUCUACACAUCCCAAAGUAAGCGCGCACUCCCCCCUCAGUAUUCCCUGCCACAGACGUAUCUCACUGCUCGUUUCUACCAGUUUAAUUUCUAUGCUCUUUUGUUAUAUUGUGCAACCUCUUAAUGUUUGUUAAUAUUAAUAAGAAAAUUAACCCUAUUUAUGUAUUGCUGAAACCAUUUUAUAUGAAUUGUGUUGAAAAUUUCAGUGCUUUUUUAUGAAUAAAUUGUGGAUCACAA